AUGUUUACAUUUCCAAAAGAGAAGGCGUCGAACGACGUGGAGUACAUUGAAAAGUUCAACGCGAUAAAUGGUUUAUAAAAGUAAAAUAUCGACAAUUAUUCACCUGUGAAUAACACUUUUGUUAUCAACUGAAAAAUGACUCAAAAAUUCCCGAAAUAAAAAGCCAAUGUUAUAUACAUAAUGCAGUGGUAAAUAUAAAUAUUGAAAUUUGCGAUUGAUAGUAAACUUAUAACCCGUGGCAGUACAAACGGUUUAGUCAAUGUUCGUUUUCAACCACUGAAAUCGAUCUUGUUAAUUACAACUAAUUACUUCACUUCCACCGAAAGUCGGAAUCCUGAAAAGAGCGAUUGAAAAGUUAAAUUGGGAGCCUUUGUUUUGGGCAGGCGAUCAAGCUGGGUUGAAAUUUCUUUCAAGGAAAUCACAAUAUUCCUUGUGCUUAUUCAAACCAACUCUAUUGUAUCGCUUUGACGGUUUGUUGUUUUGCACUUCAGAUCACUGCACUUCCUCUUGAAACGUGCUUGAAAGACCCUAAAUGUUCCUUUUGCAUGCAAAUAAUACAACUCUAUAGGGUAAUUGACAAAACAUUCUACUCCUACUUUAUUACACUGCCAAAGUGGUGUAAAUUAGAAUUGAUGAGAUCCUUCACAAAAUGCUGUUGAAAUAAACACUCUCGACAAUUUAGAUUUAUUGAACGCGAAUAUUUAAUAACUGUAGCCUUUUGAAGGGGGUUAGAGCAUUGCCGCAAAAAUUUCGGCACCAUCUGGAAACAUUCCCCGCCUCUCCUUAUUAAAAUAACAAAACUCUUUCUUGGUUCGCCGUUCUCAGUUUAAUAUACGAGGAUAAGAACAAUUAUUAGUGUAGAGGCGAAGGGCAGUGGAGUCUUUUUAUGCUACGCGGAGUUAAAAGUAUGUAGAUGGUUUUACAGAGUUUUUUUUUACUUUGGGUCUCUAGCUGUGAAUGACUAACAUCAAUGUUAUAUUAACUUUUUUUUCCAGCGGGGAGCCCCCAGUACAUUUUGUAUUAACUCGAGUAGCCUUGUUACAUGUUUGGUUUCAUUCUAGGAUUUCGCAUUUGUCCUACGAAAGCUGAUAAAGAACGCUUUUCUGAAGCACCCAAGAGAACUAUUGGCACACCAAAGACUAGUACUGAUUUGUGGAAUCGCAUUUUGGUAAGUAGAAGUACAAUGUAGUUAAAACUCAUCACUAAUUCUCCCGGGAUAAUAUCCGAUAUUUCCUGCUCACAGUUGAGUGUUUGGAAGUUCAGUCCUUAGAGCUCUACGAUUCCUGAAGGACAGAGCUUGCUUAUGGACUUUUGUUGUUGGCAACAAAUCUUCAAAGGUUUCUUAUUACUUUAUUAGCUUGUGAUACAGAUAAGCCGGCAAAUCCAACGAAAGACUUAAGUCAACAACGAACACGAAAACGCUGGUAGAUAGUUACUUGUAGAGGUUAUUUUUGGCCAACUCCCCUAAACAAAUCACUUGAGAAUUGUCACAGCUUUAAUGGAUGGUUUUAGCUGGUAUUUUCAGACGCUAUAUAGGUAUAUUCAAUCAACUGCUACGAGUAUUGUUGCACUCUGUGCCUAUGACUCAGUGCUUUCUUACAAACGAAACUCUUCUGUAGUUUGAAACGAAAUCACUUACUUGCAGUGACUUCUGUACGAUCGAUAAUAACUUCUCUGUCUCGAGAUUUUGAUCCGCGCUGAGCGUCUUUCAGUUAAAUCAUACAUUAUCUCACCUGUCCAUUUAAAAACCGUGGGAGUGACUGCUCUCUUCCUCGCACAGACUUGGUGACUUGAAAUUAACGACAAUUUUGGGAGUCUAGAAUACACCAUCGUCAGUGAAGCAACAUGCUGUGUUUCCCACAUCAAGAAGCCAUCGGAGAAAAGCAAGAACAAUGAGUCAUUGUCUGUCAGUAGUAAUUUUUUUACCCUCCUUCGGAUUGUGCGGACUAAACUCGUAGUGUACAGAGCGCGAUAAGGCGACCUUCGCUUCAUAACUAAGCUGUGGCGUUGCCAACUCGGCUUUUUCUAAGGCCCCUUAAUAAUAGGAUAGAGUGGAAAUAAUCCUCCGAAGUGAAACAAAGAUCACCAAACGCUUUCAAAAACCAAUUACACCGAUAAUAAGUAUCCACAAAAUCCCACAAAAGCGCUUGUUUUGAAAUCAUUCUUCAAGCUGUAGUCACUACGGACGCCUUACAUUGCCUAGUUAUAUUUACCGAUUGAAGUAUUUCUCACCUAAACCGCAGCGGACCUGUUCGUACGCAAAUAGCCAAGGCCUAUAGUAUUUUCCCACACAGAUGGCCAACUGAUUCGCGGUUUUAAAGCAGACAUGCUUUAGUGAUUAACAAACAGGCGGGUCUCGACCUACACCAGAUCAUACUCGAUAGAACUAUUACACGCGAAUUAAAGUUGCGCAAACCCAUCAAGAAACUGCGAAAAAUCACUAUCUUGCUAGAUCAAUAUUUGUGUUCAACUUGUCUGUCUCUCACGGGGACUUUGUUUGAUUGUGAGCUCCAUCUCGUGUUGACGUAUGGUUUACUUUCUGUUUACCUUGACAUCGUUAACGUUUGUGAUAAGCAAGCUAAAGAUAACUCAAGCCUUUCACUCCCGAUAGUCGCCAAACAAAACGUUCACCGAAAAAAAAUCAUGUCUUUUUGUAAGAAAUAUUUAACGCUAGAUGCAAACAUUCUGCCAGAGAUAUUUCAUUUGAAAUGGCAACAUCAUAGACCUUUCUUCGUCCAAGGAUUUUAACUGAGUUUAUGUGACAAAUUAUCUUGCCAUGACUUGGUCUAGCACUGUAUAAGUGGAAGGCCAGGGUUAAUGCGCGUUUAUUACAUAAGGGUCACAGAAAGCAGCGUACAAAAUAAAUAUAGAAAAAAAACCCGAAAACGUAACCAUUGCUCUCUUUGAAGUUCUUCUUGUUUCAAAAGCGCCAAGGAGUUGAAAGCCGAUUUAUCGCUUUGACCUUUCCUUUCUAUGACGAAGAGGAAACAGGGAUAAGUACUGUUUAUACAAAACUAUUUAGAAUCACGAACAUAAGCUUCGUGUAUUAUUUAAGACCCAUACUUUCCAAAUCACUUUGUAAUGUGGCAGUUCUUGGUUAUUUGACAAGUUUUCUAAGAGUGUGAAAUUUUGCAAGAGAUCUUUUUCGUCAGCUUUGAAAAUAACUGUACAGAAGAUUGAGUCGUUUGCUUCAGACGGGCACAGCGGGAGAGAUUUUGUGGAUAAAUGUUUGAUUUGCAAGCGGGAAUUGAACUAAGCAGCCCUCUCACGAAGCGGUCUUCAACGGAAGCGAAAAAGGAAGCAAACUCCAUUAAAUAUGAAACGACUUUCUUUUUGCGUUGGCCGUUUGCUGUUAAAGCAAGCUUUGCUAGAUCUUGCUAUGAUUGAAUUCACUUCCCUGAGUUUCAGGUUUUGUGACUUAACGUUGGUCGAGAAACUACCAGUGCAGUUAAUCCCGGAUGCACCGGUCAGACAACUAAACCACAAUUUCUUUCUUGCAAUUUUUCUUACAAUGUCAAAACGGUUUUUAUUACUUCAGUAAGUGCCUUGAGAUUAAAUGAGAAAAAAGCUACGAUCAGAUUUCUCUAUUUUCUGUAAUGUGUCAUCUUUUAAUAAAAAGUCAGAAAUAAAAGAGUUAACGUUUUCGCAGCAUUCGUUAAUAUGAUCACUAAUCCUCAACAUCUUGUAAGAGAUCUACUCUCUUGCUUUAAAUGACCAAAUACUGCCAAAAAUUACCGUUAAGAUUUUUCCCUUUUAAAGAUAAGCUUCUAAAUUCACGAGAUUUCUUUUAAAAUAAAUUAUCUAUUUGCCUGUUAUUUCUUCAACAACGCUCUUUCUUUUUUGUGUGAAUGGGACGUAAAAUGUGUUUCAUACUCUGAUUAAAACAUUUAUUCUCGCUUUUCAAGCUUUGAUUCCCUGUGUUUACUCUAGCCAUCCUUACUUUGAAAUAAAAAAAUAAGACAGAAGGAACUAAAGUUAGACUAAGUUCUCUCGGAGUAUAUCGGGAAAAUCUCAAACUGCGGAGUGUUUAAAAACGAUGGAAAAACGUGCCGAUAAAAGUUGCCAAAUAAUAGGCACCAAAGAUUCGUUUAGCUGUGGGUCUUUUCAUUUAAUUAGUUAACAAAGGGGCAUUGAAUGGAAAAGUGGUAUUUCGUAGGAUAAACAGUGUUAUUGAAAGGCUUCUCCGAUCGGCACUAAAGAUUCAUUUGGGUUCCUAAUUGGUCAAAAAAGUGUAUUCAAAUGCAGAAGAGUGUUACUUUUCUUGUUUCAUGGAAAGUUCUUUAAGAUGGGAAGUAAAAAAGUAAGAAUUUGACUUAAAUCCUUAAUCCGGAGAGUUAAGCUUCUUUGGUAAUAGUAAGUUCACUGAAUUGUCUGUGCACUUGUAAAAUAAAACAAAUUGUGAAAGAAAGAUAAGGGAAAAGCUUCUCGAACUUUUGCAAACCCCGGCUGUUUUUGAAAUUUUCUUAAGUAUAUGAAAUUAUGGUCACACCACAGGUGGAACUGCUUUGAUUGUUUUUUGUUUGUUUGUUUUUUUUUUUUUAAGUUUUUACCCUAAAAAGUGUUUUUCUCGGCCGAGUUUUAUAAAUUGUUUUACUGAUAUAGAGUCCUUUAAAGCAGAAUAAAUUGAGCUGAAAAUUAGGGUUUGGUUUUGUUAAUUUUCCUCUCAGAAUAAUCCGACAGUUUUUUCUUCUUCUGCCAAUGGCAUCAAUUCUUUUAAGAUUAAACUUCGUUUAUUUGCGAAGGGAGGCAUGUUGCAUUUUUCCCACUUUCCAAUACCCUGAGCUUAUAAACACGAUCAAAUCUAACAGUCUUACUGUUAAAUCGGUAAUUAGUACACCUUUAGGUGUAAUUGAAAAUCUUUUGAAUUCGGGAUGGCAACGAAACCGUCCCUGUGAGUAACGUAAUGAAGGUUGACUUGUCCAUUCCGCUAGCCGGGGUGUUGUUCAUUGUUCGUGUGGCACUGACACAACUGCAGUCACGAACAAAAAGUACACGGGCCACUGUUUUGAUGGAGCGUGUGUCUUUCAAAAUUAAGCUUUAAGCAAGGCCGCUCUGUUCCUUGUGUGUCACUUCGUGCAAUACGUCCGUAAAACAAUUUGAUUUAAGCCUUCAGUAAACUGAACAGUGUCACUGGAUUAGAGGAUCAGAAAUCGUGGAACAUCCGCCCUUUUCUUCACAAAAUUAAAUUAAAGCAGGCUAUUCGUACAACUUAACGUCCAUAAAGAGCCUCUAUACGUGUCUCAAAUCAGGAAAGCCAAUGCUUAUUAGCUCGCGAACGAGUGUGGACAAAAGAAAUUUUACUUUAAGAAAUGUCUUUUUCGUUGUACGAGAACCAAAAUGGUUGCUUUUCCGUUCCAAGCCCUUACUUUACACAGUGUGUUCUUGGCUCAUUCUUCAGCAAAGAUUCCCAGUUUCAAGCUGUCGAUUUAGUAAGUCAUCAUACCGUGUGUUUUUCUGUUUUUUUUUUUUUGGUUAAACUCUCCGAGGGCGUCAUUAUUUAGGGCUCAAUCAUCGACGUACAAGGUGAUCAAUUGCAGUCUUUCAGUGUUGUCGGAUCUGCGGUUUUCCUUCCUAAAUUAGCGAUAUUGCUACGAAAGAUAUUCUGAUUUAGCGCUUUUGGUCUGUUCUAUUACUUUCUCGGAUCAGCGUGUAGGUUAAUAUCCGAUGUAACUUCGCCGUUUCUUCUUGGCAAACGAGUUUUGUGGAUUAAUUAAUCUUGUAAACUAGUUCUGUCGUCACACGUGUUACAACUGAUUCUUUUUUCAUUACUUUUCUUUUUCUUUAAUUUCACCUAAUACACGAUUUGUUCAUUGAUGCAAGUACUAUUGUCAAGGUAUAAAAUUUUACAGUCCUUAAUUUUGCUCCUUUUUUCUUUGUAAGCACAUGGGCAUGAAGUAUCGAAAAACUUACAUCAGGGUGUCUUUAAGUCGACCACUUGAGUUUGCGCAAUAUAAAAUAAUUCUAGUCAAAAUUCACUCAGUUCUUUAUUUUCUAUUUCUUCUUUUUUUCUUUGUUUACACAUGGGCACCAAGUAUCGAAAAAGUUAAAUGCAGGAUGUCUUGAAAUUGUGCAAUUUAAAAUAAUUCUAGUUAAAAUUUAUUUACUAUACACUCAGUGUCUAACUUGUGAGAAAGGUUUUUUAUGGCCUAAAUUAGCCUGUAGAUUUUUAAAUUUAAUUAUUUCACCCUAGUUGGAUAACAAGUUCAACAAGUAAUGAAAAGUUUGAUCCUAGGUUUUUGCUAAAUAAUUGCGGCAUAAGGUCAUAGGCUUUAAAGCUUACAAUUAGAAAUGUUCAAAUCUUUUCGUGUCCCUUGGUUUUCGGUUCUCUCUUGCAAAUUACAAAAACCGACCAAAUGCGUAUAUGUUCUCUAAAAACGAUUUGAUUUGAAUUAAGGUUAAAUGCUUUGCUUGGUUUAGCUUCCUUAAUCUUGAUUUUUAGAGCCAAGUGCUCCCUACUGUUACUGUCUUUCAACGCGCGUUGGGAGAAUGUUACAUAUAAUCCGUUUGACUAUGUACUCUUGAACACGCCUUUCGGAGCAAAGAAGUGGGGUUGGUAAAGUUCAAGCACAGCCACUACGAGGCUUACCAUCCAGAAAUUUAAAUUUUACCUAAUUUCGUAUCAUAAAUUUCUUUAGUUCCGUGAUUAGUUAUCACUAAUUUUUGUCUUAUUUUGUGGGUGUAUUUUUUUUUUCAGUUUUCAUAGAUCGUAAUUUGUUUCUCGAAGAUAUUAGCUAUAUAUUGUAGCUACUCUAAAAUUCGAGUUAAAAUAAAGGUUAUGUUUGUAUGUAGUGUCACAUCAGGCGUUCGACCACAGACAAAGUAAAUCCACCUUGUAAAGUAUAACAAACAAUUGCUCAGUAGCUUUCAUUUGAAUGGUCACACGAGAAUUCAUCCACAACCUUAAAAGCUAAAACCACCUUCUACUGGGCAAUAAACAGUACCACAGGGAAGUACUGCUCAGUAGCUUUCAUUUGAAUGGUCACACCAUAGGAUUUCAUCCACAGACUCAAAAGUUAGAACCACCUUGUACAGCAUUAUUAACAAACAGUACUACAUAAAAGUACUGCUUAAUAGCUCACACCAAAGGAUUUCAUCCAGACUCAAAAUUAGAACCAUCUUGUACAACAUAAUAAACAGUAUCUCACACAGCGAAGUAAAAAUUUAGUCUGAAGGAGAAUCGGCAUUUUAUUUAUAGCGCCCAAAAGAGCUCUACUCCCUUUUAUAUAAAAAAAAUAUUCAUUAUUUCAGGUAUUACGUUGAAUUUCAACUUAGAGAUCUCCCGUUGAAAGUACACACAUCCAAAUCGUUUUCUCACCGACAGUCCAACUUCGGAAAAAUAUUUCUUGUUAUUCUAUAAAGUGUGUUAGUAUCUUUGUUGAUGUAGUGUAGAGAACGUGACAAGCAAAGUUGACUUACAUGUUAUAGGCAUUUUUGCUGAUGAUUAUGGUUUAUUUCAGGUCGCUAAAAUGGCCUUUGCCGUUCUCAAUUAUGAAAAAAACAGUCAACAGACCUUCAGCAAUUUUUUUAUAAAACUCACUCGUAAAUAAAUAAGUUAACUUUAAUCAGUACAUGUUCGUUCAUAACCUAACCUUCAAAUCAGUUCGUGACCUCAAAACUUAUUUAACGUGUUAACCGUUUCUUUUCCGCUUACUCCGUUGACAUAAUUUGGAACUAAGGAGGUGUUUAAUCACGUUAGAAAGACUUGAAAGCCUUUAUUAAUAAUUCUUUAAUUGAUAAAAAAGUUGAAAGUUAUCGACAAAUUUUGUUAUCGUCAAAAAAUGAUAACAACAACAUCAUCAACAUCAUGAUGAUAAAAAUACUCAUAAUAAACAAUAUAAAAAUAAUAAAAAAACGGCUUGAGAUGGUUUGUAGCAGUUAAUUGUCCUAUUGUUUCCUAAAGGUUAUUGCGGUUUGAUGUGUUUUGUUUUUUGUUAUUUCGUACUUCCUUUCUAGAAAAAAAAAAUGACGUCCUUGGCGUUUACUACUAAUUAUAACCAGCCACAAUUUAUGCACGUACACUUUCAUGCUCUCUUUCCUUUAUUAUCGUUCGUUUUCUCCUACAAUUAUUCAAUGGAACCCCCCAGAAAAGAUCUCCUUUUUUGUCCCUUAGAAAUUCUGGCCAAAAUACAUCCGCUCUUUUAACACAGAACUCGCACAUACUUCAAUUUUAGUAGUAGUACGACGUGCUGAUUCCUUCACAAGAUCAUAUGAAUACUUUUAAUGGAUUUUUUUUACUUACGGAGAGGAAAUGUUAUCGCUAGCUUUAAUUGUAGUGCUUCCGUAAGGUACGAGAAUUUACAAGAAAAAAAUAUUCCUGCGUUAAAACGUCCAUGAUUCUUCAGUCCGUGACAUCAUCUACAUAAACAUCGUGACGUGUUUAAUCCAGCAUGAACAUUUCAUCUGUUGCUAAGCGGUAUCCUUUUGGACUACCAAUGCAGACAAUUUGACCUCCCACAUUGUUGUAAAUUAGAUAAAAUAGCAAUAAAGACUCUAUACGAUGUGAUCUACGGUAAAUAGUAAAGCAUGUAUGCACUUGUGUCGAGCGCCAUUGCAUAGACUUGCUAACGUUUGGCUACCCUAAUCCUGCAUAGCUUUCAUGUCUUAGUUCCGAGUAAUCCGACUGGGUGUAGCAGCAUCACACGCUUGUUUUUCUUAUGUGGAAUUUCAGAAGGAGUCCUUUAUCAAGCGGAUUUUCUGUCCCCGUCUUUUGUAUUGAUAACUUGACAGCUCGGAUCUGCAGGGGGGCCUUAAAGGGGCGACUGGCAAAGAGGGUCGCGAGAAUAACCGCGACCUGAUCAGCUCAUUAGUGUUUUCAUUUACUCCUCCAGCACGCGGCACACAACUCGCGCUCAACCAUUCAUCAAGAAUCCAAGAUGGCGGGCUUUCUGAACCAUUAUCCACCUUACCCAGUCAAUGGGCUUAACAUGCCUCCAAGAAGCGCCGACAUGUUUUCCCCGAUGGUUGCUCCACCUUAUGGUAAGACUUAAGAUUUUAUUUUUAGACUCUAAAGACGGCGAAUUUGCCAACUUUCUACACACUUAGGUAAUGACAAUUAACCGCUCUCGCGGUUAGCAGGAAAAAAUAUUUCUUUGAGAAGGAGGAAGUUUUUUAUCCUCUGUCGAGUUGCGUUAAAUGCUUGCUAAGUGCUUAUUUCAGUUUGCUUGAACUUUGAAUUGUCAAGUUUUCCUUGUGUGAAAGAGACCUCCCAGAUUUUCCGCCUUAGAAUUUGUAAAGGUAUUUAUUAGAGUGUGAUAUUCUAUAAAGCCUAUUUACGAAGCUCCCUUUGAAGCUCGGUGGUGUUGUGUAAGCAAAGCCCUUACGGUCAAAUUAUCGUUAUAAUGCCGUUCACUUCUUCUCUGCUUCGCAUUUAACGAACAGAGUGAGGAUCAAGAAAAAUGAUUCCACAAUCUGCAGUAUUUUUCAAAAUGGCAAGCAAACAUGAUGGAAGUUUGACUAUUGUCCGUGAAGGAUUUGCGGGCGCCAAAACUCUUAAGUUAGGCCGAUUUUCGAAGGGAAGAUUUUUACUACGAAUCUCGUUUAAAGCACAGAGAAACAUACUUCCCGUAGAAAACAUUUAAACGCAUUUGCGGCCAUAAAAGCUGUUGUACAAGACCGCAUGGAGAUAACGUGGCUUAAACGGCGAUGAUAAGAUCGUUGAGUUAAUUUUGUGUUAAGCGCUUUCACUCCUUCUCGAGAACAAUGUCCAAAAUCCAACAAAAAAACAAAAUUUUACUUUUAAAAGUACUAAGAAAUAAAUUGUAAAAUCUAAAAGUUCUGCUGAAGAUUUUUCUUUUAAAUAGUAACACCGUUGGAUUUUGCCCUUAGACUCUAAAGCUACAUAUGCAUUUUAUGACUCCGUUAUGAGUCUACGUUAAUGGGUUUACAUUCGAUGGAUAAUACAUUGCACGUACUGUGCUCCUGAACUAGACGUACAUGGAUCUAUUCAGCUUUUUUAGUGGAAAAUUUAAAAUGUUUUCUUUAGUUCUAUAGUGUCCAUGUCAAUGAACAAAUCAGGACUUUGCCCAUGCUAUAAAAAGAACAGUUUAUUCAAAUAUUUGUGCUUCUAAUUUGACUAAAGAACGUUCCUCUUAGAACAUGUCAUUGCUUAGCUCAAAACUGAGGGUGUGUUGCGAAAGUUAAAUUGCAAAUAAACGAAAAUACAUCAUUGAUUCUAUGUUUAGGUUAUCCUAGGAAACAGAGAAGGGAGCGAACCACUUUUACCAAGGCACAACUAGAAAUCUUAGAAGAACUCUUCUCCAAGACAAAGUACCCAGACAUUUUCAUGAGAGAAGAAGUAGCAAUGAAAAUCAGCCUACCCGAAUCUCGAGUUCAGGUAAGUUAAAGUGGCGCCUUUUCUGACUUAAUUCUCAGCUGAAAGAGCAAAGAAAUGUUUAGGAAGCACUGAGGAACUUAUCUAAAUUAGAUCCAAAUUUAGCAACAUCUUGCGCAACGUCAUAAACAUGCAGUAUCUUAGAAAAGCAAUGCCCGAGAGCUUUUCUCAACAAACUCUUGCAAAACGUUCUUUUGUCUGUUGCAUGUUCCACUUGUUUUUGCACCGGCGGCUCCCAAAGCUUUAUCCCCAAUUUCGAUGUUAACGAGGGUAAAGAAAGUAUAUCGUAUCAUGUCGGGUAAUCUAGUCGUGUCGGGAAAAAUAAAUAAAUACAAACGCACAUUGGAAAAGCUGAAGAUGAGCUUCCCGCACGUUGCAAGGCUUGUUCCCUUUUCAUGUCAUUGUUAGCUAAAAAGAUCGCGAAGAAAUUAGGGUUUUCUUUUGGAGAUGGUUCUGUUGCGCAGGUUUGAAUCCUGACUGCUCUGGAGGGGAAUGCUGCAUACCUCUAAACACGUUAUGUCUGAACAAUCAUGCGAAAAUUCUACAGCACGUCUCCAAAAGAAGAUUUUUGUACAAAGUUUUAGAAUUUUUUCUUUCCUUUUUUUUUCUUCUUCUUGUUUUUUUUUUAUUAUUAUGUCUCAGACAAGAAGUAGUGAUAAUUAAUCUCCAAAGGUAGAGAUCUUACAAAGGUGAUUUUCACUUGUGUACAGCUUCUUUAUCCUCAUCAUGUCCUCUGUGUGUACUUCUAGAAAGCCGGGACUCCGCUUUUGACCUUGGAUAGCUUUAACUCGAAUUAACAGUCUCAAAAGUUAAAAUCGUAGGAGGUUUUACAUGAAAAGAGAUAAAAUUCUAAAUAGGUUAUUAAAAACUCUAAAACUCUAAAGAAUUUUCCGGGAAGUAGAGCAAACUGGCAAUGAACUCUGUACCUUGUUAACAUGAAUGGCCCGUUGUUUGGGAAACAUUAGUUAGAGGCUACUUUAUCAUUGCUCGGAAGAGCUAACCCCUUUAAAUAUUUCUGAAUAUUUUGUUUUAGGUUUCCAACUAUUUGUGAUAUUCGAUUUAACACUCACUAGGUUUUUCCUGUUACAUCAGGAUACUACAUUCUCUCACGUCCAGCAUUUAGUGGUUUUAAAAGAAGGCUGACAAUUCCUAUCUAAUUCGCUGACCAGCACUAACAGUGGAACAUUUCUAUGAAAAGUUGGGUCGUUUUGGAGAGAACUAAAAGAAUGAUAUUAUAACAAAAUCAGAUAUUAAAUUGUGUCAUAAAUUCGUUAAAAAAAGGGGUGUAUAACCCUUCGUGUUCCUGGAUGUCGUUCUCUAUGCGAGCUUCGAUGCACAUUCAUCAUAAUGGCAUAGUUUCUCCGUUACAAUCACUCCCAAAUUUAACUAUGUUUUAUUGAUUUAAAGCUAACGUUUGAGUCUGUACAAAAUCCUAUUUUGUUGUCAUUAAAGGAACCCCUAAUUAGCAGUACUUUCAUAUGGUAGUUCUUGGUUCUAACCUAAGUUUUGGCACAAAAACUUACGAAGUGACCAUUCAAAUGAACCUCUUCAACAGUACCUUUUAAAUGGUAUUUGCUGUUUGUCAAUAUCGUGGCUUUUCAAUAUUCUGUCCUUCUUUGAAGUUAAAGGGUUAAGAACUUGCUGGUAGGUGGCUUUUAUUUGUGUGCACACUUAUAAGGAUUCCAUAAAUGAACUUAAGCGCACGGCGAAAACAACACAAUAAUGAAUGAACACUGAGUGCCAAGGAAACAUUCACUUAAAUGAUGACACUUUGGGAUUUGGCUUAGCUGUCCUUUUUAGUCUUUUUUUUUUCCCACCCUUCUCGCUCAAAUUUGUAAGUUUAUUGAUGAGAUCUCUUGGCCCAGCCUUUCGAAGACUUAAGAUGAAAACGUUUUUCAGCGAGCUGCAUACGACUGUUUUCUAAUGUUCGUACGUGAACAAUUUCAAGGUAAUUGGCAAUUUGUAGAACUGUUGGCUGGUCACUCACUGUUUCAGAAAGACGUGAAGUAGCAAACUAUAUCUGCAAAAAUUGCUUGAAAAAAGAAGAGUUGAUUUUUAUCUGAGACGUAAUACAGAAAUGUAGACAACCGUUUAAGAAUGAAUCAAUGGGUCUUGAGAUUUCAACCAAACAUCGAUCGUUACUCUAUUAGAGCAAGAAAAAUGGAGAGAAAUAAUGAGAAUGAAGAAUUUCACAAGUGUUUUUUUUACAAGUUUUGUGUAAAGGUGGAGCCCAGCAUCCCCAAAUAAAAACAAUAUAUACUUUGUUUUGCGCGGAAUCAAAUGGCGGCAUAUUGCGUGUAAAAUAACCUUAAGCCGGUAGUAAACUCAUUUUGUAAGUAAAAAUAAGAUAGUUGUUAUUUGCAUUUUUUUUAAAUUUUUAGGUGAACUUUAGAUAGAAGAAUUCUAUCUCAGUUUGUCUAAACGUGGAAUCAGGUGCAACGCAAAUUGAAUUAAAAUCGUUUGACUUCCGAGCAUUUAGGCGGUGAUCUGGAUAGUGUACGUACACACGAAUGUACUGUCAGGGAUUUUACGCCCACAAGACUAUUCAUCUUUUCUCACGUAAUGACUUUAAGGUUAAACAUUUUUACUCGAGGCUUUCCAUGUUAUUACAACAACUUGUGUUCAAAAAUAUCGUCACAUAUAUUCGAGGUAGUCGUAGGAAAAACCCUCUAUGUGUUUUUCAUGGAUGAGUUUGGGGAUCGCGUGUGAUGCCAUUCUUUUCGUGGUGUCUGGGCAAUUCGCUUGACCUCACUUUUGCGUGCUCAUACACCCCUGCUUGUCUCGCUGGUAUUGUGUAUUUAAAGGAAACUGAAACUUUCCAGAGAAAACUACUUAAAAUCCUAUUCCAAAAGUCACGCUCGCCUAAAAUAGCCAGAAACUUUCAAAAAAAGGUGAAAAAGCCACACAUGUAUUGCUUGUAAGUUUCUAGAUUUGUGUUGUUGCGUGGCUUCCUAAAUUAGGGACUUGUGUUUAUACGUAAAGCUUCUAAUCGAGAUUUCAUUAUUGUUUUUUUCCUUCUUAUCGCUAUUACUACUCAAUGAAUCUUAAAGGUCAGCAGAUACUAUGUAAACACCACAGGAGACAACAAUGUAAAUUCCACUUGUUUGAAGGCGCCAAUUUGAGAUUCAAACGGACAUAUAUUUGUUUGUUUUAUUCUACAACAGGUGUGGUUUAAAAACAGACGCGCCAAAGUUAGGCAACAGAGCAAGGGAGAGCCUAAACCCAAACCCAAACCCAAAACUCCAACGUCAAGCAAAGAGUCUUCGCAGGCCGUACCAUCGCCAUGCAGAUACGCAAGCUGCAGCGGAAACAUUUGGAGCCCGGCCCACGAUUCCGUUCGGCCCAUGCCUACUUAUCCAUCUCACGCGGCCGUCAUUAACAACAGUAUGACAAUGACAAGUGCCAAUCCUUCAUUCAUGCCACCUCCCCCUCCCCCUCCGUAUUACUGCUCAAGUCCGAACGGGGGGUCGUACAUGCCUUUGGAACAUGCGCACAUGCAUCCCAUGGCACCGAGAUAAAAAGUCGUUUCGUGUGGCUUUGAACGUUAUUAGGGAAAUGUAAGGAAAUGCUAAUAUCUGGGCUUUGCACUCAUAAUACCAAUUAAUUUAAAAAGCUUAUGUGCAAAUACAGGACUAUAACGGUAAUCCAUAUAUUAUAAGCGAGCGAAAUUCCAAAUUGUUGUCUGCGAUAGUAGCCAAAGCUAGCAUAUCACUUUCUCACAAACACAUUUAAGGAUAAGCUUUCUAGACUUAUUAAUCACGGAAUCCGCUAAUAGAUGCGCGACCAAGACACAUAACCUGUUAUUAUUACGCAUUAGGACUUAAAACCUUUUACGGUUUCAAAAAAAUGGUUAUGUGGGUUCAGGAUUCAAUUUCUUCCAGUUUUGUCUACAUAUUUUUGACCAAGAAAAUGUAGCGUUGUUAGUCUCGCUAGUUGCACGAACAUGUUGAAUAUAACAACUCCAAACAAACAACAGUGAGGAGUUAAUAGAACCACACAGUACAUAUCGUUGAUAGCUACAUUUCAGGGCUCCAAGUUUUCAGUUUAUUUAGCUUUGUUUUGUUUAUGUGAUAGACACCCAAGUAUUAGGUAGUUUACAUUGUUCUGGAAACUUUGUUUUGAUAUUCAACUUCGUGGGCUAGCGUGGCUUUUAUUAGUUGUUGAUUCAUGUAAGUGUUUGGUAUUCUUUUACUUUUGUCUUUGAAGAGAAUGGUCAUAGAAUUUCUGGUAAGCUCGACCAUUUGACGCGGACACCUUCCGGCUUUAGUUUGAAUCAAGUAUCCUUAGUUGUAAUUUUCACUAAGGCUCAUUUAAUAUUUCUGUUAUCUCAUUUCCCGCUUCCUAAAGACACAAGGCGUAAAAUUUUAAAAGGAUUCCCAUUCGAGAAAUAUUAAGCUAGAUAUCGAAAACUACUAAGUUCUUUUAAUGACAUUAUUUUGACCACACCUUCCGGCACGAAUUAAUAUGUUAAUAAGUACCCGUUCUCGUGGGCCGAAAAAAACGUUUAAACCCCAUGCAAAUCCAAAGUAAUCAUAAGUUUUAUCCACUUUUGAGAAUUCCUGAUCAGACAAUGUCGUACCGUGUAAACAAUUAAUUUAAACGUCUAUGUCAAGUAAAUAGCAUGCAUGCUUCAUUCUGUUAUAGUUUAUUUCGUAUUGCAGGAGAUAAUGAAGGUACAUUCCUGUCUUGGAAAUUUAGGAAAACGGUGAUAUGAUUUUUUUUUCUUAGUUUUUGCUGACUUUGUAUUUGUAACUUUUGUAUCUAUUCAACUAGCCUUUUUUUCCAUCGACCUUUCUAUUGAUAGACAACAAAUGGCUUCUGUUAUGGGAAAAUGUUGUUUACAAAGGCUGGAUUCGAUCUGGGAGUCGAAGCAGGGGUUAAUUUAUUUUAUUAAAUUAAACCUUCUGCUUCCUAAAUUGCCGCCCGUGGGUGUAUUAAAUUCAGUAUCGGAUUUUAUUUUUUAACAAAAGCCAUUUAUUCUCCUUUGCAUUUAAAGGGGCUUUGUCACGGCAGUCUCGUUCAUUUGUUAAAAAUUAGUUACCAUGAUUUCGCAUUCCUAUUUGCUAUGGAACUUGAGAAUGACAAAAUUACAGUUUCUGUGAAAUAUCUCCCAAGUACAGGUGAUCAGUAAAAACUGUUAGGCUAACAAGUUUUCAAAAACCACAAUUGCAAUCCGUUUUUUAAUCUUCUUCAAGUUUGUCCAUCCUUGCCUCUGUUCUGUAUUUGCUGUGUUAUUUAUUUCUUCUCUUAUACUACUACAUGAGAAAUUUCUGCAAUUUGAUCGGCUUAGAGCAGUGGUAUUUCAGCUUAAUUUCAAAUACCCACAUGUGAAAUUACAAAACCUUUGCGGGUAGUAGUAUAAGCAAAUAAUAGCAUGAUUUGUACGUGAUUUUUGACAUAAAUACCACUUGUGAUAUUUAAAAAUUGUUAUAUCACUCGUGGUGUUUAUGCCAAAUAUCACUACAAAUCAUGCUAUUACCUAUACUAACGUUUUGAGCGAUAUUUUUUCUGUUUCACUCGAUUUAGUGGUAGUUUUUGAUAAAUUUUGUGACACAGCUCCUUCAAGGUUUAAGGGAAAAUGUAAAGGUUAUACCUUGUUUGUGUAAUCAGAUUUCGUUCAUGUGCGUAAACCCGUUCUUCAUAUCAGCAUAUACAUUUAUUAUUUUGUUAGAUAAAUUUUUAUUCCAUUAGGUAUUGGUUAACAUAUAUCAUCGCAAUUAAUAGUCUUGCUCACUUAUUGUUUGUAACGUAGACUUUAAAGUUGGAACCAAAGUAAUAUAGUAAGCUCCAUAGCACAUGUACCUAUAUGCGUACCACUUACUGUAACUAGAAUUGCUUCAGAGAAAAUAUAAUGUAAAUAGACUGCAACCAUUGAGCUUUGGGAAUUCAUGAAAUUAUUAACAAGUGAUGAAAUAUGGAAUACACUAGAAGGCUUUUUUAUUACAAUUAUGAGGAGAAAUCACAUUUUGAUCGCUUAGAUGCAUGACCAGGGAGUUGACUUUAAAAUCU